CUUGCCUUUAUGCUCGUUAUCCUCUAAGUUGAACAGUCGCAGCAGUGGGUGAACGCAAGAAUCUUUCCACGAUGAAGUUUUAUCUAACGUUUUUCCUCAGUUUUUUUGCUCUUUCAUUUGGAGCAGACAUCGAAGAAGAAGAAAAUGUCUUAGUCUUGACCGAAGCUGUUUUCGAUCAAGCUGUAAGCGACAAUGAGCAUAUUCUUGUCGAAUUUUAUGCACCAUGGUGUGGACAUUGCAAAGCUCUUGCCCCAGAAUAUGCUAAAGCAGCGGCAAAACUCAAGGAAGAAGGCUCAGCCAUCAAGCUUGCAAAAGUUGACGCCACUAAAGAAACUAAACUAGGCGAAAAGUUCCAAGUCCAGGGAUAUCCUACCCUCAAGUUCUUCAGAUCAGGAAAACCGGUGGAAUACUCGGGUGGCCGCACAGAAGCUGAAAUCAUCACUUGGUUGAAAAAGAAAACUGGACCCCCAGCGGUAGAACUUAAAACUGCAGAUGAAGUUAAGGAUUUCAAAGAAAAGAGUGAUGUCGUUGUGGUUGGUUUCUAUACUGACAAAGAAUCUGAUGCUGCAAAGGCUUUCGUUGAGGCUGCUCAGGGUAUGGAUGACAUUCAGUUUGGAAUCGUACAUGAUGCCAAUCUUGCUAAGGAACACAGCGCAGUAGAAAAUCUGGUUCUCUUCAAGAAGUUUGAUGAAGGACGUGCUGACUAUGAUGGAGAGCACAAAUCUGAAGAAAUCAUCAAGUUUGUCAAAGGAAACCAACUGCCUCUUGUGACAGAAUUCAAUGAUGAGAACGCACCAAAGAUCUUCGGGGGAGAUAUCAAGAAGCAUGUCCUGCUCUUUGCAAGCAAGAAGGCUGAAGAUUUCCAGGCUAUCUAUGAUGCAUUUUCAGCAGCAGCUAAGGAAUUUAAAGGCCAAGUUCUCUUCGUGCUUGUUGAUACUGAUGUUGAAGACAAUAGCCGAAUCUCAGAAUUCUUUGGAAUUGAUGCUAAGGAAAUCCCUACUGUCCGGCUGAUCAACUUGGACGAGGAUGACAUGACUAAAUACAAGGCAGAAACCACUGAAAUUACCACUGAAAAUGUCAAGGCUUUUGUCUCCUCAGUUCUUGAUGGAUCACUCAAGCCUCAUUUACUCAGUCAAGAAAUCCCAGAGGAUUGGGAUGCCAAACCUGUCAAGGUCCUGGUAGGAAAGAACUUUGAUGAAGUAGUCAAAGACAAAACCAAGGCUGUUCUUGUAGAAUUCUAUGCCCCAUGGUGUGGUCAUUGCAAAAAAUUAGCUCCAAUCUGGGAUGAACUUGGAGAGAAGUUCAAAGACCGUGAUGAUAUUGUCAUUGCCAAGAUGGACUCCACUGCUAAUGAAGUAGAAAGUGUUAAGAUCCAAAGCUUUCCUACCCUUAAAUACUUCCCUAAAGAUAGUGAUGAGAUUGUAGAUUACAAGGGUGGCAGAACUCUUGAUGAUUUUGUCAAGUUUCUUGAAUCUGAUGGUAAGGAAAACCAAGAACCCACAGAAGGUGAAGAACCAGCCCCAGAAGAAGAAGGGGAGGGUGUUGAGGGCGAAGAGCCUGAGGGUGAAUCUGAAGAGGGUGAAUCUGAAGAGGGUGAAGGCACAGAGGAAGAAACUGAUGAAACAGAGGCAACUAAAGAUGAGCUGUAAACUAUCUCAUCUGGUUUUUAAAUUUGAACUGCUGGAGAAUGUAAUAAACUUUUUCCAAAAAAACAAAAUCAACUGUGGCAGACAGUUUGAAAAGGAAACUUCCAAACUAUUUGGAGCUAGUUUUUUUUUUUUAGCUCUGUACUACCUUAGUCUGACAGAAGAUAUUAAUAUUGUUCAAUGAUUUGUAAGAAAGUGUUUUCUUUGCAUAAGACUUUCCCACUGCAUGUUUCUGAUGAACCAGUUGGUUCAGGACUCCAGAAAAUUAAGCUUUUGUCACACUAAGAUUAGUUAAGAGGGUACAUUUUAGGAAAAAUCAUCUGUGAACCACAUCCCUCUGUAAGAUUCUUGUUUCUCUUUCUCAGGGUAAGAUUUUGUGGCCUCUGGUUAGGUAAUGUUAUAAACUCUUGUGUCUUUUCAAACAGGUUAUAGGUUUUCAAAGUUUUUUUUGAAAGUGUCAACAACUCACACUCAUAAUAUACCCUUCACUGGCACCUGGCUUAUAAAUUGUUUUAUUUUAUUUAUGGCAUUUAUUGGUGUGAAGGUUAAAUUUAACAGAAAAAGUGAAAAAAAGCUUUCAAUUGAAAAUUCUCAUUAAAGAAAGGCAUUUUGUGGUCUCUUAUA